AGUGCUCAAUACCACCUACUGAAAAACGAAGAGAACCACAACAAGGCAGCUGUUGGCGUCUCACAAUUAAAUAAAGCAGCACAAUGAAGUGGAUCAUCGCCGUGGCCGUGGCCGCCGCCGUCCUACACGUGGCCUCCUGCACUGUUACCGUCAGGGUGGGGCAGUACGAGUAUCCUCUGCAGAGUGUGAAGAUGCUAUGGCGUCUGGUUGCGACGGCCCGCGGGUAUCGAAGUGAGGCCCAGGGCAGCAUGCCCGCCGUGUGCUACCAACCCGCCCUACCGCACGUCUUCACACCCCUGUGUCGGGACCCCAACGCCGGGAAGCUCUUCGCCGAACUAGUGAAUCUGGCCACCAGGUCGAACUCUUGUGAGAUCUGCGCAUCGCCAGCCUGCUACGGCUGUUGAAAAGACAACGCUGUCUCAUCCCGCGUCCCAAUCGGAUUCAACUGACCUCAAAACGAUUAAUGCUUUGAGAAAUACGGAAAAAGACCCAGCUAAUUAUUAUUUUAAUUAUUUAUAAUUAUUUAAGAGUCCAAAAUAAUUCAGAUUUCCAAAACGCAUCACAAUGACAGCAAAACAGCAAUGUAUAGCAUGAAGAGAAAGAAUUAGCUCACGCUCACCAGUAGAGGAGAUGAGCUGUGCCCAUAGGGUUCCGAAGUCUUUAACAAAGUCUUCCACAAACACACAAUAUGCAUAAGGGCUUUCGCCUACAAACUCAACUUGCAUGAAUCUAAUGUUCAACAUGGAGCUGAUGGGUUUGCGUUGGCAAAAACAAUGAUGUUCCAACACGAACACACACACAUACAAACUCUCCUUUUCCUGUCUCUUCCUGUCUAAUCUACUUUCCCUCCAUUUCCAGAUUACCUUGUUGUAGCUCCGCCUAUAACACGAUACAAAGUCAUGUGACCCUUUACAGGUUAGCCCUGUGUGCAAAACAUGUCUGAUAAGUAGGGAUGUCCGAUAUUGGCUUUUUUGCCGAUAUCCGAUAUGCGAUAUUGUCCAACUCUAAAUUUUCGAUUCCGAUAUCAGCCGAUACCGAUGUCGAUAUUUGGGUUAUUUAUUUUUCCUCAAACCUAAUUUAGGUAACAUUACAUAUCUCCUGUUGUGGAAUUAACACAACAUGCUUAAUGUUAUUGUGAUG